AUGGAGCGUUUUAGGAAUUUGUUCGACAACUUGGCUCAAUGCGUCGACACCCGAUUUCCAGAAAUAUCUGAGCCCUGGCAAUUGCUUGUCGACAGCAUCUAUGAGGAUUCCGUCACUUCUCUGGCACAUGGCACGAAAAUUCUCAUUCUCUUUCAGGUUGAGGUGGUGUACGUGGGAGCAAUCAACACGGCCCACAUCGAGAUUUCCAAGAUGGCGCUCGAUCACGGAAAAGCUGUCCUUUGCGAGAAACCCCUGGGACUCAACCUCGGACAGUCCAAGGAAAUCAUUCACCGAGCCCAAGAAAUGCAACUCUUUCUCAUGGAGGGCAUGUGGAGUCGCUGCAAUCCGGUACACAGGAAACUAGCUGAGGAGAUCCAGGCAGGGACAAUUGGGGAAGUGAUGCAUUCUUAUGGGUCCUUUGGGGUGCCCAUAUCUAAUCCUGGAAGUCGGGUCAGGGAGAAGGAGCUGGGAGGGAGUGCAGUGCUGGACAUCGGGAUCUACCUCAUUCAGGCAUUACUGCUAUGCAUGGGGGAUGAGAAACCUACAGCGAUCGUGGCCACAGGUCACAAGAAUGACCAGAACGUGGAUGAGGUUAUUGCCUGUAACCUCCAAUUCAAGAAUGGACGGAGUGCCACCCUGGACAUGAACUCCACACUCCAGCUCCCCAACGAGUUCUACGUGGCUGGGACAAAGGGAAUCAUGAAGCUGAGCAGUCCAUUCUGGUGUUCAAAUCAGAUGGAAGGUCCAAAUGGGGUUUACGAAGUGCCCAAGAUCCCUGGAGACUAUGUUUUUAACAACUCAGGGUUUCUGGUUUACGAAGCCGAUGAGGUUCGACGCUGCCUUCGUCAAGCUACAUUGGUUUCAGGUCAGAAGGAAAGUCCCCUGGUCCCUCACUCAUUGAGUCUGCUUAUGGCUGACAUCAUGGAGGAAAUUCGUAAUCAGAUAGGCGCUGAAACAUAUUACUGA